UGUAAAGUAUAUGAAGUUACGACGAAGUUUAAAAAAUGGCGAGCGUGGUGAGAAGACAUCGUUCGAGAUCGCGAUCGCCUGCACGAAACAGAGGAAAUCGAGACGAUCGUGGUAACGAAAGAGAACGUGAUAGGCGAAGGCAACACAGGGACAAGCAUCAAGAAACAAGAAAUAACCGAGUAGAUAGGAGGAGUCGUCACCAAGACACAAGUCAUGGGAGCACAUCAACCAGAAGAAGAGAAUGGGACAGAGAUAAGGAUCACAGUGAAAAAGCUCCUGAAGCUUUUCAUCCAGAGAGAAGAUACCACAACAGAAGGCAUGAAAGACAACAUUCGCCAACUGAGCCCCAAGCAUCUGUUGAGGACAGUGGUGGACAAGAUGGCAGCCUUGAACCAGAUGGUCCCAACUACAAUCUUUCAGGAAAAUUAACGGAAUAUUCAAACACUUACAAGGGUGUGGUUAUCAAAUAUAAUGAGCCUGCAGAGGCCAGAAAGCCAAGGACAAGAUGGCGUCUUUAUCCUUUUAAAGGAGAAGAGGCAAUGUCUGUUAUGCACAUUCACAGACAAAGUGCUUAUUUGAUUGGAAGACAGAGACAUAUUGUUGAUAUUGCAGUAGAUCAUCCAUCUUGCUCAAAACAGCAUGCAGUCCUCCAAUACAGACUGGUAGAUUAUGAAAGGCCAGAUGGUACUUCUAGCAAAAAAGUCAAACCAUAUAUCAUUGACCUGGAAUCUGCAAAUGGAACAUUCCUCAACAACCAGAAAAUUGAGCCCAGAAGAUUCUAUGAGUUGAAGGAAAAGGAUGUUCUUAAAUUCGGCUUCAGUACAAGAGAGUAUGUGAUUCUAACGGAGAAGUCUCAGGUUGAGGAUGAUGAAGAUGAAGAUCCAGCUGAAUGAUACAGAAUACUGCGAGAAUUUAAAGAUAAAGAAUAACUGUGGGAUUUCAAAAGUAACACAGAUAGCUCUGCCAAGCCACAAAAAAGACCAUUUUUUUGUUUUCCAUAAAUUAACGGGAAGAAGCUCAGAGGAGCAGAGGAGAAUUGUCCCAGUCCAUGAACUUGUUACGGAGAUUUUUAUCAAAUUUUCUGUUUUAUCACUUGAAGAAUGACUUCAGUUUGUCUCGGAAGAGCAAAAUUUUUUGAUUGUCGUCUAAGUAGAUCGUUUUUAAUAUUCUUCCUGGAACCGAGCUGUUUUAGACAUUCCCUUCACACAAUUUAGUUAAGUAAAACCAUGAGAAAAAGUCCCUUUAUUUUCUCUCGGUAAAACGGGAAUGAGGUUUAUCGCUCGUAGAGUAGUGUUUCGCAUGUGGUCCUCUGUAGAAGUAGCGCUUCCAAUGCAGCUGGCUCUGUUGUUUAUGUCCGCCGUCUACUUUUCGAUUUUAUAAUAAAUGCGGCCUUCGGAUAUCACAUGGUCGACAGACAGACCGCCUUGUGGAAAAGCAGCCAUACGACUGUAUGAACCUUUAUCUUUUAUGCUUCUCUUGCCAUGUACAGUCCUGUUUUCUCUAUAAUGAAAAGAGACAACGAGCAGCGUUUAAGAAAGCACUCUUUAUGGGCACAUUUUACUUCUGUGAAGAAGCCAAGUAUACCCUUUAAGUUGACAGAACAGUUAGAAACGACCAAGGUUAGUGAUAAUUAUGUACAAGUUACAGUAAUCUUAGUAUGUAGAUUCUACCGAAAGUGGUCGGGGAGAAGAUGGAUUGGAAGUGAAACUUCUUGCUUACGACAUUGUACUUAUUUUGUGUUGGUCGCUUUCGCAUUUUGUAUUCUUGUUAAGAGUGUUUGUCGUGCUUAAAGUAGUAGAUCUGUA